CCUAGCUAUGACGCAUACCCAAGAAAUUAUUUCCGCGGAGGCUUGGUCAGCGAAGUACGCCACCACUGUUGCGGCAAAACUCGGCAUCUCAUUAUACAGUACGUCGGUACCUAACUUGAGCUGUUCAAAAACUUCACUACAUCGCCUUACAAGUUCGACCUUUAGAACAAGAUCUACCUCGUUUAAUCGGCGUAUUCAAUGACGAUACGGUAGCCAUGGCACCCACCAGGUUGCUUCGAACUUCGGCCACCCUUCUCUGCAAGGGAAGGCCGACAAAGCCAGUUGUAGGCUCUCUGAGCCUCGUCCAAGCAGCUGUCGCCAGACAGUCCCAUCACAGCUCCCGCCUUCCCGCCAUAGCAGCAGGCGUGCGGCCCCGUCUACAGCGAGCGCAGGAGCCGUGGUCGACGCUCCCCGGGGGCACCACGGGUCGGGGCCGGCGCACAAUAUUCAUCCAGACGGAGACGACGCCUAACGCGGACGCGCUCAAGUUCCUGCCGAACCACCGAGUCCUGCCGGAGGCCAUGUCGACGCCCUUCAUCGAGUACCUCAACCCGCGGUCGACGAUCGCGCCGCCCUACCCGUCGCCGCUGGCGGCGCAGCUGAUGAACAUCGACGGUGUCACGGCCGUCUUCUACGGGGCCGACUUCAUCACCGUGACCAAGGCCGCCGACGCCAACUGGGCACACAUACGGCCCGAGGUGUUCUCGCUGAUCACGGAGGCGAUCACGUCCGGGCAGACCAUCGUCAACGUGGCGGAGCGGAAGGAGGGGGCCGAGGACGGCCAAGAGUCGGGCGGUGCCGAGGACAGCCUUGCCUACGACGAGAACGACAGCGAGGUCGUCGGCAUGAUCAAGGAGCUGCUCGAGACGAGGAUACGGCCGGCCAUCCAGGAGGACGGCGGCGAUAUCGAGUUCCGUGGGUUCGAGAACGGGAAUGUCCUGUUGAAGUUGAGGGGGGCCUGCCGGACUUGCGACAGCAGCACGGUGACUCUGAAGAACGGCAUCGAGGGCAUGCUCAUGCACUACAUUGAGGAAGUAAAGGGUGUCCAUCAGGUCAUGGACCAGGAGGAAGAGAUUUCCCUCCAGGAGUUUGCAAAGUUUGAGGAGAAACUCAAGGCCCAGAAAGGUGCUGAUGCAGUCCCGCCGACGACUGUCGGGAAGGGCAGUCUAGAUACAGUCCCGGGUUAGUCACACAAGUGCAAUGCCCUGCCCACUGGCCAAGGUACAGAAUGGGAUGAUCGAUCGUCAUAUGUAGAAGCAUUCUCGAUCUGGCCUUCUUGGCUUGCUAAACUAUAAUAGACUUAAUGGGCUGUUUUUUCGAGCUUAAACGCGUGUGUCAGUUGGUGCAUCAUCAUCAUCACCUCAACUUACAUAAAUCCGCCGUUAGGGACUGGAUGUUAUGAAAACGGC